AUGCAAGUUUUUCUUCUUUUUUUGCUAUUUAUAAUUACGUACGGUCUUCAUGUCGAUCAAACUAAAUUUCAUGAGUAUUGUAUUAUCGGUGCUGGUCCUAGUGGCUUACAGUUAGGAUAUUUUCUUCAGCAAAGCGAACGAGACUAUAUCAUCUACGAAAAGAGUUCUCAAGCAGGCUCGUUUUUUGUUGAUUAUCCUCGACACCGUCGAUUGAUCAGCAUUAACAAGCGUCUCACUGGAGAAAGAAAUCGCAAGUUUAACUAUAGACAUGACUGGAAUUCAUUACUAUCGGACGAUGAUCAACUCCGAUUUACUCAUCGAUCGAAACAACUAUUUCCAUCAGCAGACCUUAUGAUCGAUUAUCUCAAUGAUUUCUCUCGUCAUUACAAUCUUCGUAUUCAAUUCAAUACGACAAUUCAGAAUCUUCAUCCAUUACCUGAACAAACAAGUACAUGUCAAUCGAGAGAAUGUUCGUACUCGUCGGUGACACGGUUUCAUAUGAAUGAUCAAAACGAUAAUCGUUACACGUGUGGAAUCGUUGUUGUAGCUACUGGCUUGUCUGUUCCCAAUAUCCCUCCAAUUGUUGGCAUUGAAUUAGCAGAUGGAUAUGAAAAUCUUUCACUGAAUGUCGAAGAAUUCGAAAAUAAAUCUGUUUUAAUUUUAGGUCGAGGUAACUCAGCCUUCGAAGUGGCUCAACACAUCUACGACGUAACGAAUUUCAUUCACAUGGUCUCUCGAUCUCGUGUACGUAAUGCGUAUGCAACACAUUAUGUUGGUGAUCUGAGGGCAAUCAAUAAUCAAUUAUUGGAUACGUAUCAACUGAAAUCAUUAGAUGCUUUAGCAGAGAUCGAUUUGUUAGAACAUGAAUUAUCAAAACGGUCUAGUGAUGGUCGUUUUCAACUGAGUCGCAAACAAUCUCAUGCUAACCCAUCGAUUCAAGAAAGACAAGAAGCAACAGUUUAUGACCGAGUCAUUCGAUGUUUAGGAUUUCAAUUUGACAACUCAAUUUGGCAUGAAAAUGUCUCAAUGGAGAAAAAUCGCGGUCGAACGAAAAAAUAUCCAAAAAUUCGUUCGGAUUACCAAUCCUUUGACUACGAUCAUUUGUAUCUCGCUGGUACAUUAACUCAUUCGCUUGAUUUUCGUCGUUCAUCAGGUGGAUUCAUUCAUGGCUUUCGUUAUACAACUCGAGCACUUCACCGCAUAUUUCAAUUUCGUUAUCAUCAACAAAAAUGGCCAUCGAUCGUUCUUUCAUGGCACAACUUACUAAAUUAUUUAAUCAAACGAAUGAACGAAGCUGAUGGGAUUUAUCAAAUGUUCGGUCAAUUGGUUGACGUGAUACUUAUCGAUCGGGUUGACCGUCAAUGUCGAUAUUUGGAAGAAUUUCCUCUCCGAUUACUUCCACGUCUUGGCGAAAUCACCGGUUACACUUCAAAUAGUCUUCUCGUAUUGAAUAUGCAAUACGGAAUGAAUUAUUCAGGUGCAGGUCGAGAUGUUUUUGCAUUUGAUCGUGUUUCUGCCUCAGUUCAUACCGCCGAUCGAUCGAACUUUCUUCAUCCUGUUCUCUAUUAUUAUCAAUCACCAUUAAAUGAGACAGAUUUCGAUCAGAUCAAAUCCGGUUUUCUGCCAAUCACCUCAUCCGCUCGCGUUCAUCAUAUUAUUGAAAAUAUUCUCACACUCUGGAUGCAACCAGACGAACACAUUUUGCCAUUGAGAAUCUUUCUCGAAAAUAUUCUCAACUUCGAUCUCCGGCAGCAAACCAGCGAGAGUUAUGCGCGAAGAAAACUCUUACAACGGCAACUAAACAUUCCCACUGACUUCUACGCGUCUAUUUGA